GACCCAUAAUAUUUUUCUAACCCUGAUCGGAACCCGCGGCGUCUACUUAACUCUGAUCGGAACCUGACUUGCCUGGCAAAAGCAGCCCAGCUGCCACCAACAUCUCCAUCUUUGAGAGUUGGUCUCACCUUUAAAUACCAAACAGGCAAAUCUUUAUUUAUAAAACGGCCAUGGGUUCCUUCCUGAGUUCCAACAACUUCAGUAAGGAAGAUAUUCAAUUGGCUCUUGACAAGGUCAAGCAGAUCGUUUCCUCCAUACCCGUUGUUGUCUUCAGUAAAACCUAUUGUGGUUAUUGCAAUAGGGUUAAGCAGCUGCUUACUCGGUUGGGAGCUUCUUACAAGACCAUUGAAUUGGAUGAAGAAAGUGAUGGUGGUGAAAUGCAAGCAGCUCUGGCCGAGUGGACUGGGCAGACGACUGUACCUAAUGUGUUCAUUGGAGGGACACAUAUUGGUGGCUGUGAUUCUGUUGUAGCCAAGCAUCAAGCAGGUCAGCUUGUGAAUCUCCUUACAAAUGCUGGUGCCAUUACCAUCAAUCUCGACGCAUGAGAUCAACCCUUUAUGCAGAGAGCAAAUAGCAAUCUUCUUUCCAAGGAGUCCUACUAGACUUUAUAAUAGUUUCCAAUAGCCAAUAGAUAAAUGUAUGUACCCGACUGGUGAACAGUGUGUGGUUCUUGCAAUAUGCCUGA